AUUUGGCUUCACUAUAUAUAUAACGAUGUUUAGCACAAAAUCUCUUUAAUUCUUGUAUGAAUAUAUCCACGCAUAUUUCGUUUUGUUUUUAUUCUUGGUUUUGGAGGCUAAUUCGACAUGAAUGACUCAAACGAACGGCGAUUAGAGACACUUUCUGGUCAAAUCUCAUCUCUAAAAAAUGUUACUUACGAUAUUUAUGCACGUGCUAGCGAUCAUAGCCAUAUAGACCGUGCGAAUGAAGGUUUUUCUAGCCUCACAGAUUCCGUAAAGAGAACUACCAAUGGAUUUUAUCGAGUCGUUAGAAAUGCUGGUAGAAGAAGCAUUCUUACGUCUGUUUUGGCAAUUGUUGGGAGUGUGUUGAUCUUUUACUAUUUUUGUAAAUAUCUUCUGUAAAAAGGUAAUUGAUUUUUUAAGGAGAUUGUCUUUAUGUUUACUCUAGUUUCUACAUGCUUGUUUGCUAAGUGAAACAACCCAUAGUCUUCCUGAAAUGGAAUUCUAAAAGAAAACUUAAAAGCGUGAUACUGAUUUAGUUACUACUUUGAUUUGCUUUUCAUUUUUCAUGAUAUUCUUAUGAUGUUAACGUUCAUCAAUUUCAUAUUCCCUUGUUCUUUACUUCUACUAUUUACAACACGAUAAGGAUGGUAUGAUGUUUUUUUCUUUCUUCCAUGGUAAUAAUAUCUUUCAGCACAAAUAUAUUAUAUUGAGUGAUUUGCAUCAUCAGAAGGACCGAUGUAAUAAUUUAAAUCAAAACUUUUAAAGC